ACUCACACUCACUCACAGUCUGUGCGGCAGUGCUGGUCAGUUUCAGUGGUCGCGCUGGACUGGAGUGGAGGAACUGACCGCCACUGCCACUGGCUGUCCAUGUAGAUCUACGUAGUGGACAUGACUCAGGAGUGACUCAGGAGGAUCUAGCCUUUCUAGGACUGGAGUCAGUGAAGGCUGAAGUCAAGAAGAGAGAAGUCGACAGCGGCAAGGGAAAUCAGUGCAUGGUACUCCACAGUUUCGUGAACUUCGGAAUGCAACAGAACCAGUUUACCUGGACGGAUACGGAAUAGCAGCUGGGCUGAUCUGUUGUGCGCAGGUUCGCUGUAUGCAGUUGCCGAAAGGGUUGGUUUCCCGUCCCUAGCUGUGUCGCGCUCGACCCGUCCGGCACGCGGUAGCGGGAAGGAAGUAUUAGCUGGCACUUUGUACUUGGGAGCUGUACAGUGUACUUUCCGUUUUCCGAUGUCCGUUGACCUCGUGGCGGGCUGACGAUACGCUCUGGAGCAGAGUAGUGCGACGGGAUCGGCGUAGCGAUCCCGGUGUAUCGGUACGUGUGGACUGAUGGCGAGAGGCGGUGGUCAUCGGCGUUGUGACGCCGUGCUGCUAUGCACCGCUCGACGGACAGAAGAGAAGCGCCGAAUUGCCCACUUGUGUUUGGCGUCUAUCCUCCUGCUGCUGAUGAUAGCAUUUGGGCCGCUUUGCGCGUCGGCUGCUUCUGCGUUUGUCAACGAAUGCCCGGACUCGUGCAAUUGCUCGUCGUCACUGGCCAUCGUGACCUGUUCAUCGCGAGGAUUUCAGGUGUUCACGAGCAGGUUUCCGAAUACUACCGAAGAAGUGCAUCUCCAAUCCAACAGUUUGGCAACGUUGGCUGACAACACAUUCUUCUUCCUCUCACAGCUGAGAUCAGUCAAUCUGUCCUCAAAUGCAUUGACUGCAUUAUCACCCGUUCUCUUUCGAGGUUCUGGCACCCUGGAUCGAAUAGACCUUCAUAACAACGCUAUUGUGCAACUUCACUGGGAAGCAUUUCAUGGACUGACCCACCUGACUUUCCUGGACCUGUCAUCCAAUUCUCUAGCUGAUUUGCCAGCUGCUAUAUUCCAAGACUUACGAUCUCUAUCUUCAGUUGAUCUAUCUGGAAAUGACCUAGGUGACCUGCCGGCAACGCUAUUUCAAGGAUGCAAUGCGCUGCACACGCUCUCCCUGAGUAGCAAUCUUCUUCAUGAUCUUCCACCGGCCAUUUUCCUGGGCCUGGGACAUCUAGUCAAUGUGUUCCUGGCUAGCAACUUCAUAGCAUGUGACUGUCAACUUCAGUACAUUGCACAGCUUACUCCCAAUGCACACAUUGCUGUAGACAGCGAUGGUAGUGGUGGGUGUUCACCAGCACAGCCACCACUGGUGGGUCUGAUGGAUUGCGGUGAAGUCGACUGUGGCGACCCAGGCAUACCAAACAAUGGCUCGCUGUCCACUACGAACACAAGUCAUGGCGCCGAGGUUGCAUUCUCGUGCACCGCUGGUCAGGGGCUGACUCUGCUUGGUGACACAGAUGUCGUGUGCACUGCGAACGGCUCGUGGAUGCUAGUGGAUACUUCGGGAUCGUCUGGCAUGUCCACGCUAGGCGUGUACACUGCUGUGCCGAAAUGUGACGAUACGACAACAUGUACAUCAGCCAACAGCAUAGCCUGCUCUAAUGGUGGCUCCUGUGUUGAUCUGUCCUCCAGUCAGAUAUGCGUAUGCCAGUACGGAUACACUGGACCUACGUGCAUGGAUGCGGUGGACGAGUGCGUCUCGCACACCUGCCUAAACAACGCUUCGUGCGUCGACAUGAUUGGUGCCUUUGUGUGCCUGUGUGCACCUCGGUUCACGGGUGGCCGGUGUGAGAUGUGCAGUGCACGUUUCUCCGGGCCUGAGUGCAGGACGUGCUACGGUAACUUCACUGGUAGCAACUGCAGUGAGUGUGUGAAUGGCACGAUGGGUAGCCGGUGUGAUGUUGACGUGGACGAGUGUGUGUCGUCACCGUGUGCUAAUAACGCAACCUGCCAGAACCUAGCCAACGCUUUCACCUGUGUGUGUGCAGCCGGCUUCACGGACGACUUGUGCUCGGUAGACAUCAACGAUUGUGAGAAUAAUGGCUGCUCGGUCAACUCUACAUGCGUGGAUCAGGUGAAUGGCUAUCGUUGUGUUUGCAAUCCUGGCUUUACUGGCACCACCUGUAUGACGGAUGUUAAUGAGUGUGUAUCGGAUCCGUGCAGCACUGGCGCCACUUGUGUGGACUUGAUUGACUCCUUUGCAUGCAUGUGUCCGCCUAACCUGACAGGUGACCAGUGUCAGACAGCGGUGGACUUCUGUAUGGACUCACCGUGCCUCAACGAUGGGACGUGCAGUAACGGAUACAACACUAGCGUCUGUACUUGUCCAUCGGGAUUCACCGGCAGCAGGUGUGAGACGGACAUUGAUGUGUGUAGCGAAUCUAGUUGCCUACACGACGGCACGUGUGUUGAGCUUGUCGGCGAGGAGUUCCUUUGCCAGUGCGUACUCGGAUUCACCGGCAGCAGGUGUGAGACUGACAUUGACGUAUGCAACGAAUCCCUCUGCCUGCACGGUGGCACGUGUGUUGAGGAUGUUGGCGACCUGUUCCUCUGUCAGUGCGUACAGGGAUUCACCGGCAGCAAGUGUGAGACGGACGUGGAGGUGUGCAACAGUACUCUGUGCCAGCACCACGCUACGUGUGUAGAAGGUCUGGGCACUGACUUCUCGUGCCUGUGCGUUGAGGGAUACAGCGGCGCUUACUGUGAGAGUGACAUAGACGAAUGUGCUAGCAAUCCGUGUGAGCACAAUGCUACGUGUGCAAACAGACCCAUUGCAGCGUACACCUGCACAUGUGAGGUGGGCUAUACAGGUACGCAGUGCAUGAGUGACAUUGACGAGUGCAGCUCACAGCCAUGUCAGAAUGGUACCUGCGCUGACGGCGUCGGACGCUAUGAUUGCAACUGCUAUCCUGGUUACACGGGUACCGAAUGCUCCAUGGAGAUUGACGAGUGUGAGUCCAUGCCCUGCAGCACCAAUGCUACCUGUCAGGAUCAACUCAAUGGAUUCUCCUGCAAGUGUGUAGCAGGUAUUACAGGUGUGCUGUGUGACAGUGAUAUUCUGGAGUGCACGUCGACACCAUGUGCCAACAGCGCAACAUGUGUGGAGCUGAUAAACGCAUACCAGUGCAUCUGUCCUGCGCCGUUCACUGGCGUUCACUGCGAAUCAACAAUAGAUUUCUGUGGUAGUGCUCCCUGCGUGAACAAUGCAACAUGUGCGAGCUUCCUGGGCGGAUUCUCUUGCCAAUGCGAUGCCGACUUCACCGGCGAUCGCUGCGAGACUGGUGUUGAUGCGUGCCUCAGCUCGCCGUGCAACAAUGGAGGCACGUGUGCGGAUGCUGAGCGUGGAUUCGGCUGUGCGUGUGCAGAGGGCUUUACCGGCGUGCUCUGCAGCAGCGAUAUCAAUGAGUGUAUGUCAGAACCCUGUGUCAGCGACUCGACCUGCGUGGACGGCAUUGGCGGAUACAGCUGCAACUGUAGCGUGGGGUUUACCGGAGCUACGUGCAGCGUCGACAUUGAUGAUUGCGUCGGCGUGGGCAAUGUCAGCGUGUGCAGCAGCAACUCUGUGAAGUGUAAUGAUGAUGUCAACUCCUUCACAUGUAUCUGCCUGAGUGGCUUUUCUGGUCAGAGGUGCGAAGAGAACAUUGAUGAAUGCCUCUCAGCACCAUGCAACAAUGGAACGUGUGUGGACGACGUGGACGCCUUUCAGUGUAGUUGCAUUGGCGGUUUUACUGGCGUGCUCUGUGACCAGGAGAUAGAUGAAUGUGCGUCACAGCCGUGCGGAAACGAGUCCUCUUGCCUGGAUGCUCUCGACGGUUUCCUGUGCGCGUGCGCGGACGGCUUCACUGGCUUGACAUGUGAAAGUGACAUUGCAGAGUGUGCCUCAACACCAUGUGCCAAUGGUACUUGUGUCGAGGGAAUAGCCCGAUUCACAUGCUCCUGCUCCGAUGGCUUCACUGGUGAGCGAUGUCACACAAACAUUGAUGAUUGCAAUCAUACCAUGUGUCAGAACAGCUCCACCUGCUUUGAUCUGGUGGCUGAUUUCCAGUGCCUGUGUCCGGCUGGUCUGACGGGACGCCUUUGCCAAGCGGAUGCUGCCAACGACUGCGCCAAUAUCAGCUGUCAGCACGGCGCAUCAUGUGUUGAUCAAGUCAACUCGUUCACAUGUGUAUGUGUGAGUGGGUACACGGGUGUACUAUGCGAGACUGACCUGGAUGAAUGUGCGUCAUCGCCCUGCGCACACUCUGGCACUUGUAAUGACCGUGUGAACGGUUUCAACUGUACCUGCGUGGAAGGCUAUGCCGGCCAGCUGUGUGCAGAUGAUGUGGAUGAGUGUGCAUUGUCGCUUCACACCUGCGUCAACACUUCAUCCGAAUGUGUCAACUUGAACGGUACAUACUUGUGCAAUUGCUAUGCUGGCUUCACUGGCCCGAACUGCAGUGUGGACAUUGAUAACUGUGUUGGGCAUGGCUGUCUCAACGGUUCUUGUAUCGACUUGGUCAACUCGUUCUCGUGCCGGUGUGAGAACGGCUUCUCCGGGCAGCGCUGUGAGAUCAAUAUAGAUGACUGUGCUCCGGGGCAGUGUGAUAACAAUGCAAGCUGUGUGGACGGCAUUGCAGACUAUGCAUGCCUAUGCGUUGCCGGCUACACUGGGCGCAACUGCACGGACGACAUAGACGAGUGCCUGAGCCUGGUGUGCGAGCACGGAGGCGAGUGCCUGGACGGCAUCAACUCGUUCUCGUGUGUAUGCACAGCCGGCUAUACGGGCACUCUGUGUGCAGAGGAGGUGAACGAAUGCAUGUCUGAUCCCUGCCUGUUCAACUCCACCUGCCAGGAUCUCAUCAAUGCCUUCCAGUGUAACUGCACAGCAGGCUACAAGGGAGAGCGCUGCGCUAACGAAACCGAUGAGUGCCAGCCACAGCCCUGCCAGCACAACGGCACCUGUGUUGACGAGCUGAACGCUUUCAGCUGUCAAUGCUCGGCUGGGUACACGGGGGUGCUGUGUGAAGUGGAUGUUGACGAGUGCGAAGGCAUGCCGUGCUUGAACGAUGCCACGUGCAUGGACGGUGUAGCAGCCUAUACCUGUGUCUGCCCUGAUGGCUAUACUGGCAACCAGUGUGGGGAGAAUAUCGACGAGUGUAGCUCUGAUCCGUGUGCAAACUCCAGCACAUGUCGAGACGGCAUUGCUAACUUUACUUGCACAUGUGUUGCCGGUACCACCGGAAGGCUGUGUGAUGUGCCGAUCAAUGAAUGCCUGUCCGACCCAUGCCAGCACAACAGCACGUGUAUGGACAUGUCAAAUGCAUACACAUGUGUGUGCACUAUGGGCUAUACCGGUGCACAAUGUCAGAGCGACAUCGACGAGUGCAUUGCAUCAUCACUCAUGACAUCAUCGAUCACACCAACGUUGAUGACGUCAUCAAUGACAUCAGCGGUGACUGCCUGUCUCAAUGGUGCUACGUGCACAAACCUGCCUGGCGGUUUUGAGUGCGUGUGCGCAUCAGGGUACACGGGUGCAAGCUGUGAACAAGAUAUUAACGAAUGCGACACGACAAUCACAAACGAUACGCUGUGCUUGAAUAACGGUAUUUGCGAGAAUACUGCUGGAAGUUUCCAAUGUGAUUGCGUACCUGGAUUUGAAGGUGACCUAUGCCAGGUGAAUACGGAUGAAUGUGUCAAUGUCACCUGUGCUAAUGAUGGCGUGUGUAUGGAUCUCGUCGAUGCAUUCAUCUGCCAGUGCGGAUUCCGUUACACCGGCAUUCUCUGCGAGACAGCACUCAGUCCAUGCGUCUUUGAUCCUUGUCCCAGCAGCAAUGCUACAUGUAUGGUGUGGAAUGCAACAGCACGUGUAUGCCAAUGCCCUGCUGGCUAUAGCGGAGAAUUCUGCAGUGUCAACAUUGAUGAAUGUUUGAGUAGCCCGUGUAUGAACGAUGGCCAGUGUGUGGAUGCAAUCAGCGCAUACGAGUGCUCUUGCCCUGUGCUGUACAGUGGCGCGCGGUGUGAAACCUAUCUCAGCCCAUGCCGCUCUUUUCCCUGUUGGAAUAGCGCCACGUGCGAGGACACAGCAGAGCUCGAUGGCAACUUCACCUGUGCGUGUGCUGCUGGCUGGACGGGUGUACUCUGCAAUGGCACUAUCGAUGAGUGCGCCAGCUCACCGUGUUUGAAUACAUCAACGUGUGUAGACCAGCUAGCUGGCUAUGAAUGCACGUGUGCGGCAGGCUACACAGGUGUACACUGUACGAUUGAUAUCGAUGAAUGCAGCAUGGACACUGAACUAUGCGAGAACAAUUCAAACUGCACGAAUGCUGUUGGAUCCUAUAUUUGCCAGUGUGCCGUGGGGUACACUGCUUUCAACUGCUCGGAACAGAUCAACGAGUGCUCCAGCAUGGAUCCUCCGUGCUAUAACAAUGCAACGUGUGUUGACCUAGUACCAGGAUUUGAGUGCACGUGUGGUGCGGGUUACACUGGUCAAUUGUGCCAGACGGAGAUCUUGGAAUGCGAGUCGUCACCAUGUCAAAGCGGAGGCACAUGCCAGGAGCUGAUAAAUGGCUUCACAUGCACGUGUGCACGUGGCUACAGUGGUAGCAUGUGUGAGUCGGACAUUGUUGAGUGUUUGUCUGACCCUUGCCUGAACAAUGGCACCUGCACAGAGCCUCAAGUCGGUGUCAUCCACUGUGCUUGCAGAUCGGGCUAUACAGGAAUGGUGUGUGGGAGCGAUGUGGAUGAGUGUGCGAGCAUGCCCUGUCUCAACGGCUCGUCGUGCCUGGAUCUGGUCAACGGCUUCUGGUGCAACUGUACUGCAGGGCUGACCGGUGCUCUGUGCAAUCAAUCCGUGGACGAAUGUGUGCAGCACCAGUGCCAGAACGAUGCAUCGUGUGUUGACUUGCACCUGGGCUACAGCUGUGUGUGCGCCAUCGACUGGACUGGGCAGUUCUGCAAUGUCAGUAUUGAUGACUGUGAGGCCACUCCAUGUGGGCCUAACGGUGUGUGUAUGGAUGGACUAGCUAACUACACAUGCCAGUGUGGAGCGGAUUUCACAGGCGGACAGUGUCAGACGCAGAUUGAUGACUGUGCAUUGGACCCGUGCAUCUUCGGCAACUGCACUGAUUCGGUCAACUCGUUCAACUGCUCGUGUGAACCCGGCUAUACUUCAUACAUGUGUGACGUUGAGUUGGACGAGUGUGAUCCGCAGCCGUGCCGCAACGGGGCAUCGUGCACCGACACUGUGAAUGCCUACGUGUGCCAGUGCACAGCCGGCUUCACUGGUCUGCAGUGCCAGACGGACAUCAACGAAUGCCUACCAGUACCGUGUCUGAACGGAGCGUCCUGCGAGGACGGCUUAAACAACGUGACAUGUACCUGUGCCCAAGGCUUCAUCGGCGUGUUCUGUGAACUCACAGAUCACUGUUUCGGCACGACCUGCUUGAACAACGGUACUUGCGCGAAUGAAAACAGCACCUUUAGCUGUACGUGUGCUGAAGGGUUCAGCGGUGUGCUGUGUGAAAGUGAUAUUGACGAUUGUGCUGCAGGCAACUGUUCCGAUACUACGUCUAUGUGCAUUGAUGCAGUGGCAGGCUACAGCUGCCUUUGCCACACUGGAUUCACUGGUGUUGUCUGUGACGAGGACGUGGCUGAAUGUAGCACCGGCGUG